AUGGGGAAGCGGAUAAUGCCCGGGCGGCCUCCAGACAAGGGAUCUUUUCCUCUCGAUCACUUCAGCGAAUGCUCGAAGCUCAAGGACGAGUACUUGCAGUGCCUGAAGCAGCACUCUCAUGACAAUAUGUCGUGCCGGUACUUGUCCAAGCAGUAUUUGCAAUGCCGCAUGGACAAGAAUCUGAUGACAAAGGAGCCCAUGCAUCGGCUGGGCUUCACUGAGGAGGAGGUUUCGCCGGCGCCGGCGAGGAAGAAAGAUAAGAAGAAAACCAAGGAGGAGAUAGAGCGCACUUGUUCCCCUUUCCCAAUUUUUUUUGCAGACUCAGAGCCAGAGCCUAGGGCCUCCUUAGGGUAUGCGACUCCAAAUGGCGCGGACGAUGUGACGGCCUCCCAAGUCGAUUUUGAGAUUUGUUCAUGUGACGCCUAG